GUCGCGCUACCGUGUCCAAGUGCUCGGCCCUCGGCAUGGAGAUCAAGCGCAAGAAAAUCCGUGAGAGCGUCCUCUUCCCCCGGGAGGAUGACUGCCUUAUUCAAGAGAAACUGGAUUUUGAGAUCCGUAUGCGGGACGGGAUCUGCAAGCUGCUGUCGGUGAGCAGUCAGAAGGAGCAGCUCCUCAAUGCAGUGAAGAAUCUGAUGGUGUGCAAUGCCCGCAUCCAGGACUACACGGCACUACUGCGCUCUCAAAUGGGUGAAAGCAAUACAGGGAGAAGGUCUUCUGAUGUCGGACUGAAUGAACGCCAAGCUUGCCCUGGAAAAGUUGCGAUUUCAGGUAUUCGAAUACCACUGAUGUGGAAAGAUUCCGACCACUUCAGCAACAAAGAAAAAACCCAGCGCCAUGCCGUAUUCUGCAUGCUGAGACUCGGCCAGGAGAUUCAUGACACAGAUAUGGUCAUUGUGGACAAAACCAUGACAGAUGUUUGCUUUGAAAAUGUAACUAUAUUUGGUGAAGCCAGGCCGGACUUUCAGCUCAAGUUGGAACUGUACAGCUGUUGCAUGGAAGACUCUUCUAUUGCCAACACUCCCAAGAAACUCGCACGGAAGCUCAGAAACUCAAUUGGCAAAUCUGCAGGGAAGAAAUUCAAUUCAGAACUAGAAGCAACGGAGCCAGAGGCUUUUCUGUUCUCAACUCCUCACAUGCCAGGGGCAAGGUACGGUUUGCUGGCACAGAUCACUUUUACUUUUGACAGCAUUGAGGACAGCUUCAGGACACAUUCUCUUACUAUCACCGGGCAUGAGGAUUCUUCAUUCUGGCUUCCUUUAUAUGGGAGUUUGUGCUGCCGAUUGGUUGCCCAGCCGGCUUGUUUGACUAAUGAAGCAAUGAUGGGAUUUCUUAACCAACAGGAGUUGGUUGGCGGGCUUCGCAGCUACACCAAGUUCUAUUGUGUGCUAAAAGGAGGAAACCUUCUGUGCUAUUAUACUCCAGAAGAAAUUGAUGCUAAAGUGGAACCAGCGUUGACAGUUCCCAUAAACAAGGAAACAAGAAUUCGAGCUGUGGGAAAGGAUUCCAAAACGCGAACCAACAGUUUUUCUGUUAUCAACGUUGUGUCCGGCGAAGCAGUCACUAAAGUGUUCUCAGCUGACUGUAAGGAAGAGCUUCAGAAGUGGAUGGAGGCUUUCUGGCAACAUUUUUACGACCUCAGCCAGUGGAAGAACUGCUCAGAAGAACUUAUGAAAAUCCAAGAUAUUUCUCCGCAGAAGCCACCAUUGUUCUUAACAAAGGACCCCGAUUUAGUCUACCAUGAUAUGAGCAUUGGGUCCCCCCUAAAAGUUGAAAGCAUCACCGAUAUCAUUCACAAUAAAAUUGAGGAAACCAACGGCCAAUUUCUUAUCGGACCCCAAGAAGAGUCCGUCCCUGCUCCAUGGGCCGCAUUGUUUGAUGGAAACCACCAACUUCAUGUCGAAAGGAACAAACCUCCUCUGCUUUCAAGUAAUGAUCCCUCGACCUGUGGCAAUGGUAAAGCCAAGAAAAGAAGAGCUCCGCCCCCUCCCCCAAACAAAACUCCAUUCUCUAAAUUAGUGGAAGGCAGUGAUCCGCCAGACAAAGAGAACAUCUGGUCCCGUGCAAGUUUCGCCCGCAAGUCGUUUGAUACAAAGCUCUCCGCUAUAAUGCACCAGCUCCAAAGGCCUAUGGUAGCCCCACACAAGCCAGCCCUUCCUGAGAAGAUUGAGGUGAUGGAAAACAAGGCUGAGGAGGACACUGGGACUCAAGAACCAAUAAAACCAGUGCCAACUCCAAGGCAAAAAUCCUUAAGGGACAAACUGGACCCUAGAGUAUGGCUUCAAUCACAAGUAUAACUUUUUCAGAUAUCAUUUUUUAAUUUGUGAUUUUAAUUUGGUUGGUGAAACUGGAAUAAUACAACGGACUUGGGGCAAAGAACUUUUUUAUUCUGAGUAAAUUCUGGUGUGGUUUGUGGGCUUGUUUAACCGCAAGCCCCAUUCCUCCAUCAAUAACUUUCUUUUAGAUACUAUAGCCCAUUUAUAAAUGUUUCCAUUCUUAUUUAGUUGGUGAAACUGUAAAUAUGGAUAUUUGUAAUUAGGUAAUUUGUAAUUAGGUACAAAUACUGGAAAAUAUGGACAAAUAGAAAAUAUAUCCCCACCUUUUUGACUUGAGCUCAUUCAGUUGGGUUUGUAAUAAAGGUGCAAAAACACU